AUGGGAAAUGGAGUCAGUGGCUUUUGCGCGGGAACCGCCGCCGCCGGAGAAAUUUCAAGUCGAUGCGAUGUCGGAGUCGGAGUGGCUCACGACAACCUCGGCCACUCUUUUUGCUACGUCCGGCCAGUUCUCACCGGUUUAAAAUCUUCUUUCCCGCCGGAACCGUCAAUCCGGCCCGACCCGAUUCCCGGAACCACCACCACUUUCCGUUCAAUCUCCGGCGCGUCGGUUAGCGCAAACACUUCAACGGCGCUCUCUGCCUCUCCGUCGACAGACACGUCGGUAUUGGCCUCCGGUUUCGAGAGCUCCAAUAGAUUCGCCUCCCUCCCGCUCCAGCCCGUGCCGCGUGGUCCGACUAAGAAACCGGGUCACGGGUCGGGUUUAUUCGAGCGCCGGUUCUUAUCGGGUCCGAUCGAAAGAGGAUUAAUUUCAGGUCCGAUCGGGAAGAAGAAGAAAAAGGAGAAACCAAAGAAAAUCAGUAACAGCAGUGGCAAAAAAUCAUCUUCAAAACCCAAACCGGAUAAGAAAUUUCUCACAUUCAAAACGAUUUUCACCAAUUUUAAAUCUCGCUCAAAGAAGAGCGUGAUCGAUCCAAUCUACGGUUCCGAUUCAUUUGAAGGAUCAUCAGAUUCCGAUCAUGACAUACCUGAGAUCAACUACUCAAGCACGAGUCCUAGCAGCGAAGUGAAUUAUAGAGCUGAGGACCAAGAAGAAGAAGAGAAGACAGAGUCUGCUUUGGAGGAGCCAAAGAUUCAAUGGGCGCAAGGAAAAGCAGGGGAAGACAGAGUACACGUCAUCCUCUCUGAGGAAAACGGUUGGCUUUUCGUCGGGAUUUACGACGGAUUCAGCGGUCCAGAUCCGCCGGAUUAUCUUCUCAACAAUCUCUAUACCGCAGUUCUCAAAGAGCUCAAAGGGUUGUUUUGGGACGACAAGUUCCAAUCCGAAUCCGAGAAUCUCGAACCAUGUAGCGAAAACGACGAUUCCCGGAUUCAGAAACAGAGUCCACUCGAGCAUGACUUCGAUUCGGGUCAAGAAAACUGCCCUGUGGCUGCGAUGAAUGAAAGCGAUGUUGCUUGCGGAUCAAGAAACGUGUCGAAUAAUGCAAUUAAGUUGCAAUGGAGAUGUGAGUGGGAGCAUAACUCAAGAACAAGCAAGUCUUAUAACAACAAUACGGAUCAGGAUAACAAGGAAUCCGAUUCGGGGAUGAUUAACCACAGAGACGUUCUAAGAGCUCUUCAGCAAGCGUUGGAGAAAACAGAGGAAGCGUUUGAUCUGACGGUGGAUGAGAAUCCAGAGUUAGCGUUGAUGGGAUCGUGCCUUCUCGUGACAUUGAUGAAAGGAGAAGAUGUUUACGUGAUGAGCGUGGGAGAUAGCCGAGCGGUUUUGGCUCGAAGACGACCUGCAGAUGUCGGGGGGAAGAAGAUGCAAAAGGAGCUAGAGAGAAUCAAGGAAGAGAGUCCAUUAGAGACCUUGUUGAUCACAGAAAGAGGAUUAAGUCUUUUGGUUCCUGUUCAGCUCAAUAUGGAACAUUCCACAAGUGUUGAAGAGGAAGUGAGAAGAAUAAAGAAGGAACAUCCUGAUGAUGCUUUGGCGAUAGAGAAUGGUAGAGUGAAAGGUUAUCUCAAGGUCACUCGUGCAUUUGGCGCAGGAUUUCUUAAACAGCCGAAAUGGAACGAGGCGCUUCUAGAGAUGUUCAGGAUUAACUACGUAGGAAAGUCGCCGUACAUUACGUGUUCUCCAUCGCUCCACCACCACAGACUCACAUCACGUGACAAAUUUCUCAUACUCUCUUCCGAUGGAUUAUACGAAUACUUCUCCAACGAAGAAGCCAUCUUCGAGGUCGACUCAUUCAUCUCAGCUUUCCCCGAAGGCGAUCCUGCUCAGCAUCUCAUCCAAGAGGUCCUCAUUCGAGCUGCCAAGAAAUAUGGUAUGGACUUUCAUGAAUUGCUGGAGAUACCGCAAGGAGAUCGCCGGAAGUAUCACGACGAUGUUUCUGUGAUUGUGAUUUCACUUGAAGGAAGAAUUUGGAGAUCCUCCAUGUGA